CUGUUGAGUAUUUUAGUUUCGCCGCGGUUUCUACUCGGCGCAAACAGAUCAUUCGCAUUUGACCCACUUUCUGACUUCCACGAACGCAGCUCUCUCUUUUUCGCUUCAAGAUCGUCAAACCGGAGCGAGCAAGGCUGUAGAAACCAAGAAAACGGUCCAACCAGAUCCGAGAGAUAAAGAGAGGAGGGGGGAGAAAAUGGACAUGAAAAAGAGAAUUCACCUAGAACUGAGAAAUAGGACGCCGUCGGAUGUUCAGGAGCUUGUCCUGGAUAACUGUCGGUCGAACGAGGGGAAAAUGGAGGGCAUAACGGAGGAGUUUGAGAACCUGGAACUGUUGAGUCUCAUCAACGUCGGCCUCAUCAACGUCUCAAACAUACCCAAACUGGGGAAAUUAAAAAAGUUGGAGCUAAGUGACAACCGGAUAUCUGGUGGUCUGGAGGUGCUGGCUGAGAGGCUGGUCAACCUCACACACCUCAACCUCUCUGGAAACAAGUUCAAGGACAUCAGCACACUGGAACCACUGAAAAAGCUUCCCAUACUGAAGUCCCUGGACCUGUUUAACUGCGAGGUCACCAACCUGGGAGACUACAGGGAGAGCAUCUUCAAGCUCCUCCCGCAGCUCACAUACCUGGAUGGCUACGAUAUCGAAGACUGCGAGGCCUCCGACUCGGACGGCGAGGGAGACGGGGUCGAGGAUGAAGAUGAUGAAGAGGGGGAGGAGGGAGAGUCUGAAGAGGAGGAGGACGAAGAGGAGGAUGACGAAGAGGUCGUUGCAGAGGAAGAUGACAGUGGGGAGAGUGGAGAGGAUGGGGAGGUGAACGGAGAUGUUGACGACGAAGAUGACGAAGACGACGAUGAAGACGACGACGAAGACGACGGUGAGGAUGACUCUCCUGUGAAAGGAGAGAAGAGGAAGAGGGAUCCUGAAGAUGAGGAUGAAGACGAUUGAGUGUCCCUCCCCCCGUCCCACACACCCCUCGAUGUCUGAGAUCUCCCGGCCCCUCCAUAUCGCAGAUACCCCUCCAUAAUCUCAGAUACCCCUCCAUAUCUCAGAUACCCCUCCAUAUCUCAGAUACCCCUCCAUAUCUCAGAUACCCCUCCAUAUCUCAGAUACCCCUCUCUGGCCUUUAGUUGCCCCUUACUGCCACAAUCACCCGUCUCCCCUUUUCCCCCAAACCCUCCAGCCAACCUAGUGGCACCCUAUUCCCUAUAUAGUGCACUACAACCAUAGCCUUGAAAAAGCCUAUAGGGUCACAAGUAGUGCACUAUAUAGGGAAAAGGGUGCUAUUUGGUACUCCAUCCUACACGUGCACCCCUUUGCUUAAGUUGCCCUGUGUUGUGGUCUUUUGGGGGGGGGGGGGUCUGGGUAGAAUCCCAAAACAACUGGGUCUUUCGUCACCGCGCAACAUUCCGUGACAUCACCGGGGGGGUGGUCUGUCUGAUGUCGGGGACAGCUCGUCAACCUCUGCUGUGUCCCAAAUUAAUCCCUGUUUAGUGCACUGCUUUUGGCAAGGGCCCCUUGUUUUAUUUAAAAAAGAAUAAUAAUAAAUAAAUACGCUCACUUCAAAAGUAGUGCACUACUUAGGGAAUGGGGUUGCCAUGGGGUUCUGGUCUAAAGUAGUGCACUACUUAGGGAAUGGGGUUGCCAUGUGGUUCUGGUCUAAAGUAGUGCACUACUUAGGGAAUGGGGUUGCCAUGGGGUUCUGGUCUAAAGUAGUGCACUACUUAGGGAAUGGGGUUGCCAUGGGGUCCUGGUCUAAAGUAGUGCACUACUUAGGGAAUGGGGUUGCCAUGGGUUUCUGGUCUAAAGUAGUGCACUACUUAGGGAAUGGGGUUGCCAUGGGGUUCUGGUCUAAAGUAGUGCACUACUUAGGGAAUGGAGUUGCCAUGGGGUUCUGGUCUAAAGUAGUGCACUACUUAGGGAAUGGGGUUGCCAUGGGGUCCUGGUCUACAGACGGAAUGGGGUUGACAUAGGGUCCUGGUCUACAGACGGAAUGGGGUUGACAUAGGGUCCUGGUCUACAUACGGAAUGGGGUUGACAUAGGGUCCUGGUCUACAUACGGAAUGGGGUUGACAUAGGGUCCUGGUCUACAUACGGAAUGGGGUUGACAUAGGGUCCUGGUCUACAUACGGAAUGGGGUUGACAUAGGGUCCUGGUCUACAGACGGAAUGGGGUUGACAUAGGGUCCUGGUCUACAGACGGAAUGGGGUUGACAUAGGGUCCUGGUCUACAGACGGAAUGGGGUUGACAUAGGGUCCUGGUCUACAGACGGAAUGGGGUUGACAUAGGGUCCUGGUCUACAGACGGAAUGGGGUUGACAUAGGGUCCUGGUCUACAGACGGAAUGGGGUUGACAUAGGGUCCUGGUCUACAGACGGAAUGGGGUUGACAUAGGGUCCUGGUCUACAUACGGAAUGGGGUUGACAUAGGGUCCUGGUCUACAGACUGAAUGGGGUUGACAUAGGGUCCUGGUCUACAGACUGAAUGGGGUUCCUUGUAAGACAUUAGCUAGAGUUUGUUUUGUUUCUGCCCUCGGAGCUUUUUAAAAUCGUUUUUUCAGGGGAUUUUUUUUUGUUUUGUAUUUUGUCAGUGCUGUCUUGUCUCUCCUCCCUGUGUUUCGGGUUGGACCCAGAGGUAACAUCACUCUGGCUUUACGUCUCAAAUCACACCCUAAUCCUUAGGGUGCACUGCAUAGGGAAUGGGGUUGCCAUAGGGUCCUGGUCUAAAGUAGUGCACUACUUAGGGAAUGGGGUUGCCAUAGGGUCCUGGUCUAAAGUAGUGCAUUACUUAGGGAAUGGGGUUGCCAUAGGGUACUGGGCUAAAGUAGUGCACUACUUAGGGAAUGGGGUUGCCAUGGGGUCCUGGUCUAAAGUAGUGCACUACUUAGGGAAUGGGGUUGCCAUAGGGUUCUGGUCUAAAGUAUUGCACUACUUAGGGGAUGGGGUUGCCAUACGGUCCUGGUCUAAAGUAGUGCACUGCUUAGGGAAUAGGGUGUAAUUGGGGACGUACUGCUUAGGGAAUAGGGUGUAAUUGGGGACGUACUGCUUAGGGAAUAGGGUGUAAUUGGGGACGUACUGUGUACACUGGCUGGUUGUGGCUGUUGUUUUUUUUUUACUUACUAUAAAGGCAAAGAAAAAAUAAAAAGUACAAAAAAUUGACUUUGUAAAUAAAAUCUUAACAUUUUG